AUGAUAGAUCACUUGCUGGGGCGUCCAAGUCCGAGCUGGAAGAGGACUCAGGUCAUCCUUGUAAUUAUCUUUUGGUUCACGAGAAUACUCAAAGGAGAGCCAAAUGGACCAAGACUACUCUGGAUUAGGCGAGCUAAUAGAGCUUUGAAGUCUUUCACACCAUGGCAGCUCAUUGUGAGCACCUUAACUGGUGUCUACGCCGUCCGAAAUUUGGACAAGAUUCUCGGACUACACGCCCCCGAACCCCUAGCAAAUUUGUACUCUCCCUCCUACUACCGGGCCACAUGGAUUGUCACUGGUCUCGAUGCCGGCUUCGCCACCGCCAUGAGAAUCAAGCCACGGUGGCUAAGGGACAUUUGUUCCAUUAUAUUUGCCAUAUAUUACAUCAUAUAUGCUAAUGAAGCGGACGAGAAGCUUCGCAAGUUCCGUGCUGUUCCAACUGUCGAAAUGCUGCGGGCGACAUGGGAGAAGACCACCAACCCAUACUUACGCAUGUUGACCACUCUUCCCCGGAUCAAUAUCCGCCGUAAGAUCCUGCUGGCGCGCCCAAAGGACUCAAUUCAACGCCGCCCUAUCACGACUUGGUUAUUUUUUGCACCGCCGGCGGACCAGCUAGCGCUCGCUACCGAUUUGAUUUUGGAUUUCCCCGGCGGUGGGUUUGUAUCCAUGACCCCAGAACAUCACGAAGAACGCCUGCGGAUCUGGGCACUUCGAACCGGCAAACCAGUCCUUUCCGUUGAUUAUGGCAAGGCACCGGAGUAUCCUUACCCCUUCAGCAUAGACGAAUGUUUCGAUCUUUAUCGAGUGCUUGUAGAGACCACUGGCUUGGUCAUCGGAUUGUCCGGUCACUCGCUCAACAUCAUACUCACCGGUGAUUCGGCCGGCGCCCAUAUUGCCUGUUGCGUGAUGUUCAAGAUCCUGGAGACGCAGAUGAACCUACCCCACCCGCUUGCGCUCGUGCUCAACUACGCGGCGCUGGACUUCAACUUCACAUCUUGGAUGACGCCACAGAACCUGCGCGUCUUGCAAAGCGAGCAGUCCUCCGGUCACCUACCCUUAUUGUCCGAUCAGAAGGACCACCUACGCCAUAUCAGUCCGCUUUCCAUGGUCGGCGACCGGCGACCCCGCAGGCGGAGAAGCCUUCGCGAUACUCUUCGGCAACUCGCCACGCCCUCAUCGGCAACACCUAUGCCUCCUCUACGCAGUCGCCAUACCACCUCUGACGUCAGGAGAUAUUUCCAUGAGCGAGAUACCCCUGAAGAAGCAGGCGCAAUGGGGGAUGUGGAGGACGAGUCGUCAGGUCGUCUUGGGGACGAAGAGAAACCGCUUCGUGCCCGGAUCCGAUUCAGUCCUGACGUCGAGCGCAAGGAGGUCGGCAAGGUUCCGAGAGAGUCUCCAUCUAUGAACGAGGUUAGCGAAGUCGUGUCUGAGAACGCUCCGGUUGCGAACGGAGCCCUCAUUGGGACAAGACUCACCAUGACCAGCCGAACUGGGUAUUUCCAGGAUCGUAUAAUUCCUCCCAGCUUGAUGCGUGCAAUGGCAAUUCUCUACAUCGGGCCUUAUCGCAACCCCGAUUUCCAGUCGGACUACCAGAUUUCGCCCAUCCUCGCUCCCGACCGCCUCCUCGCACAGUUCCCGCCGCUGCUCAUGACCUGUGGCGAGAAAGACCCCUUCGUAGACGACACACUUAUCUUCGCAGGACGCGUGCGAGAGGCAAAGCGCGCACGCCGGGUAGAGCUCGAGCGCAUCAUCGCGGGCAAGUCCUCCGAGUUCGGCGAGGCACUCCGGAUGAGCACGCAUAACGUCAGCCACGACAACAACCAGUCCCUGCGCGCCCUCCGGCGCGAGCGCGAGCGGCUCGCCGCGCAGACCGAGGAGGACUGGGUGCAGAUGCACAUCUUCUCCGAAUGGUCUCACGGAUACCUGCAGAUGCCCAGCCUCAUGCGCGAGGUUCGCGGCGUGCUCGACGAGCUGGCGAACUGGAUGGACGGCGUAUUCGUGAAGCAAGGGCGCCGCUCUGCGUCGCCCGGCGCAAACCAGCAUGCCGGCAUCCCGCCGUCGAUCGCGGGCGAUCGCCGAGGCGCCUCGAGCAGCCCACCGCGCGCGCAAGGCACGAAGCUCGCCGUCAGAAGGCUCUCCAAGUCGGCAUACGACAGGAGUGAAGACACGGACGGGCUCGCGUCCACGACAGCAUCGGAGACGGAGCUCGACACGGACGAGGUCCUGAGCUUCGCACCCAAGCGGCGGUCGCCGCCCCUCACGGGGUCCCGGCGGGACUCGCAUGGGUCGGCAGGGACGGCGCGCCGGCUGUCGAUGAACCACAGCGCGAGCGUGCCGACCCCGCCUGCCCCCAACGGCGACGACCUGCGCCGCUCCGCAAUGAUGCACGACAUCCCCACGUCACCCGGACGGGAAGCGGCAGCGGACCCGAGCGGCUCGCCGCCGCCUGGGUCUGGGGCGGUCAGCGUGAAACGGCCGGGGUCGCAGACGCCGGGCAGCCACUCGCCCACGCCGAGCAAGGGCGGCCAGACGAUAUCCGAGUCGGAGCUGAUGCGGCGGCGUCGGCUGCUGGACGCGCACCUCAUCCCAGCUCAGUCCCAGGACCCGGCCAAGUAGGCAAGGGGGUGUGCGCGCGCCAGUAGGCGCAGAAACUUGGGACAGAUGCCGUUCACCGGUCGAUCGGGGGCGUUGGCGUUUCAUUCUGGGCGCGUGUACGAAGAGAGUGUAUCUGUCGCACAUGUCGGGCGGCGGGAGAAGGAUGUCCGGGAGUAUGGCUUCAGAUGUAAUAGCCGUAGCCGUGGCACCCGGCCUUUAUCGCUGGGGACAGCACCUGAUUCCUGACACUGCAUGGGCGAUCUGCGAGACGGGACGGUGAGCGGCGGUGUCGCGGUCGGGACGGGUUCGGCAGGACGUUAGCGCCGAGAGAGAGGAAAUGGGUCUUACUUAGGAAUGGAUCCUACAUAUAAA